AAAACAAAACUCAAACUGUCAGUUCGAAGCGUACAUAAAAUGCAAAAAUUUCUUUAAAACAAUGUCUGUUUAGCUGUACUUUGUGAACUCAAUGGAAAGUGAAUCGUAUAAAAUGUAUAUAAACGAGGAUGUACAACAGGAUGUUUGUACAUUAUGUCGAUGUUCAAACGGUCCCUUUUCGUUUCUUUUUCCAAAUUCAUCAGCUGAUAUCACUAGAUCGUUAAUCAUCGUGUGUCUGGAAUUGAAGAUAAAAUCGAAUGACGAUAAACACGCACUCGCCUGCACUGACUGCUUGGAGAAAGUGCGAACAUACAGUUGGUUCUAUCACCAGGCUAAAAGCAAUGACUCUUUCCUAAAGAUGCUACCCGAUGACAGUAUGCCUGCUAGAGAAAACUUCUGUCGACUCUGUCUAACAGCAUGCAGCCGGUUGGAAGUUAUUUUUCCGGAUAACAAUUCCAAUCUAUGUGAAAUUAUUCAAGAAUGUGUAGAGAUCGAAAUAAAUCCCCAUCGGGAGUUCAAUUCACACAUUUGUCAUGAGUGUCGCACCCACCUGGAAUUGCUUACAACAUUCAAGCGGAUUUGUAAACAGAUAAAUGCUCGGCAAGAAGAAUGUAAAGAAUCGUGUAGUGUUUCUGACGAUCAGCUGCUAGAGAUAAUGAAUGUAAAAUCAAAACCAAAAACCGAAAUAGUGAAGCGCAAACAUGGAGCCAAAUUUUCAGGCAACACUCGCAAAGACAUAUAUGUGAUGCUGCGAAUGAAUGAUGAUGAGCGCAAUUUUGAGGUAGUCCGUGAGUUCAAGGGAAAGUCACUGAUCAAAGUGAAUGGAUACAAUUUUUACAUGACUAAAAUAAAUCCGGAUGGGUCGAGUCAAUGGUUCUGUGAAUGGAGAAAACUUCACAACUGCAAGCGGGCUUUUGUUACACUUGGUGCUGACACUAAAAUUGCGACAUUUAAGAAAGUCAUGACCCACACUCACGGUACCGAACCGGAUCCACUACUCAAUUGUCCCUCCGGUAAAGGUUAUUUCACUAUGAGUGACGGAUCAGAGGAACCGUUUUGGUUGGUGAGCGAAUCAAGGCGACUAUUCAAAAGCACAUACAAAAGAUAUCUUCUAUAUGAUGGACACAAAUAUUUGCUAAGUUUCGUGAAUACCAAUGAAUGCGAAACGUCGUGGACUUGUAACACCCGAUCGUGUGAAAUUGAGAUUAAGGUUUACGGUAUUUUCAAAUCAUGUUCGCUAAUGGGAACACAUAAACAUCCCAAAUUAUCAGUACUAGAAAUAAACAGAAUUAUUUCGGCGAACGGUAUUAAGGAUAAUGAUGCUUUAUUGACAUCUGCUCGCGGAAAAACAGAUGAGCUCCAGAAUAAGUUUAUCAGAAGGGCGAGGGUGCCAGAUAUAUAUGCUAAACUAGCAUUGGAGGACGUGCGGAACUUUGAUGUUUUUAAAGUUCGAGAGAAUUUAUUCAAAAUUCGAUAUAUGAAUUAUUUCUACAAAUAUUUCUCGAAAGCUGCUGGUGGACGCACGGUUUGGAAGUGUAUCUGGGAAAGCAUUCAUAACUGUUCCGCAAUGGUCAUUGUUUCGGAGGAUUGUAGAGACGUCACCCAAUACGAGCUCAACGAGCAUUGCCAUUCGGUGGUGCCUGCAGAAAUAUUUCAAUACGAGCUCAAGCACUAUUUUGUUCGCGAUUUCACUACCGAAGCAAAGGAUAUUAUGCAGUUAUUAUCUCGUGACUGUACCUAUUUUGAGAGUCGUUCAAUAAUCUCUCAAAACCAUGCUUACAAUCUGUGUCGAAUCGCAGACAAUCUUGAAACCAGAUGGUCUUGUGUCAGACAACCUUGCCCGGCGUUAUUGAUUCUGAACGGAUUGUAUUCAUUUUUCAAAAGAGGAGAACACUCUCAUGCGCCGUUUACGCGGAAGGAAGAGAAACGCCUUGUUGACCAGAAGAACAAAAUCGUUCUAUCGUCGCUUGAAUUGGGCGAAGAAGCAACCGGUGCGAUUUUAGACGAAUCACAUCCUGACACGCUCCGGCAAUUGUUAUCGUUUCCGUUGGGUCGCGGAACCAUUUGGGAUAGCAAUGAGCAUGCAAUGGUUCCAUUUUUCUUCCUGAUAGAUAAUACCAAAAACGACGAGAAUCCACACAAAGUGCUUUACCAGCAGUACAGGUACUCGUUUGCAUCGAUCAAUGCAUGCGGCACGAGUCAAUGGAUCUGCUGUAAACUAUUGGAAAGCAAUACAGGAGACAAUACGUGUACCGCUUACUUAACGAUCGAAGGUAUGUUCCAGAAGUUGACAACCAAAGGAACCCACAACCAUGCAGGUAUUUCCGAAUCAAUGAUAAAUUUCUUGUCCAAAAGUGGGAAACGUAGUAACUCAGUCAAUUGCGCAUGAUUGCGCGAAAUAACUCAACGAUGAAUCAAAGUAUAGUUUAGCUAUUCCAGAGAGUUACAGACUUUUUAGAUUUUAGUUAACCUUAUUUAUCCAUGUCGUCAUAUCGCGGCUUUUUAAUUGUAUUCUUGUAUUUAAAGUUUUAUUUAAUUAUUGCCCAUGGUGAAAAAUUUUACCCUGAGACUAACGCAGGUAUUCGUGGACAUUCGGAUCUGUCAUUAAUUAUAUUGAAAGUGUGUGUGAUAAGCAUCUCAGUCUAGUGAAUAGGCUUACAUAAUUUUUUAUAAUGUUUUUUUUUCGUGUUUUUUUAAUCUGCCAUAAUAAAAACUAGUGUUUACGAUCGAUCUUUCGAUAUAUAGAAAAUGUGUGAAACCCCAUAACUUUACAAUUAAGCGUGCACCAGUUUGUAAAGAAAAUUAAUAUA